ACUAAUUUUCAAUAUAUUUUGUUUCUAUUUAAAGAAAAAUACAACAGCCUUGAAGAUGAACUAGGAGGGUUGCAGGUGAUACAAAGGUUUCUAUACUCAACUUGAAAUUUACGGAGCGGACUGCGUCUCUCUGUAAAGAAGGCAAACAAUAGUCCAUUGUCAACUAACUAUCACAGCUAUCGAAAGGGUGAGAUCUUUUGGAGAGGAACAUCAAGUGAAAAUAAUUCCCAUUUUAGAGAGUAGGUGCCAUCUUGAUCAUCCCCCCAAACCCAACAACAUGGUUGCCUCCCUGUACAAGAUGGAAGCCAUGCUGAAACAAGGCCACUACGAGGAAGUAGUGAGUCAAUGUAACUCUCUGGUUGGCACACACUGUGACCUGGAGUUGCUCCUCACGAGAGCUAUGGCCUCGGUGCUCUCAAAGACAAAUGCGCAAAAUGGCGUCAUGGACUAUCUCCAUGCUUUUAUGAACCAUCGGGAAAAGACGGUAGCGUUCAUAAGUGACCGGCAAACGCAACACUUGCAGCAGAUCAUUCAGACCUUCUUGGACUUUGUCUCACUUGGGGAAAAUAGUCACUCUAGACUGGAAAACUGGCAAAGUGCUUGCUAUGACUUUCUUGUUGCCAUAGCACCAAAGGACUUCCAGGUCCACCAAACAUACGCAACUCACCUGUUGGAAAAACAACAAUAUAAAGAGUGUGUAUCUGCUUAUAGUAAGGCUUUAGAGUUAUUGUCCACCAAUGGUGAGAUUUGGGGUGACAGAGUACCUGUCCUUCUCAUUGGCAGAGCAGCCGCAUACUUUUCCUUAGGUGGGAAGGUGCCAGAGUUGAUGAAAGACUUGACUACAGCCUUCGAGGCUCAUCCCAGCUGGGCAAGGAGAACGUUUGAGGAGCUCUUCCCUGCUGGAGAUAUCGAGACGAUAGAAAAGAUCACCAGAGAAGCCCUGGAGGAAGGGUUUGCAUCCUACAGAGAAGCAAUCCGAGCCAGGCUCGAAGUCCGAAGUGAUGGCAACAAGGGGUUGGUCUCCACAGUCAUCUCCACCCUUCAUUUCCUCAUCCAAAUUUCUCCAAAGUCCUGGCGGGAACUAAAUGUUCGCCUGGCGGAUUGUUAUGUCUUGAAAGGCGACAUCAAGAUUGCCUUGGAUAUCUGCAAUCGCCUUCUGGAUUCCGAGCAGGAGACCUAUAACAACACCAUUCUUGCCCUCCGAGGUUUUUGUUAUCUCCAUGCCAAAAGGUGUCAAGAGGCCCUUCAGGAUUUCCAAAAGAUCAUCGAACAUGCUUCUCCGCAUCCCAUCAGCUGUGUCAAGGCCCUGUGCGGGCGCGGACUGAUGCGGGCUUGGGAUGGGAGUACUUACUGCGCAGCCCUGGACUAUAUCACUGCCUGUGGGCUGAGAUUUGAGGAAACCAGCUUUGUGAUCAAGUCCUACAUACCGUGGAACCAAAGAGGCUUCCUUUUGAUUGUUCUCCAAGAGGAAGCACAGAAGAUGCUAGAAAGGAAGCAGAGCAGCUCAGCUCCGCAAGACAAUACAUUGAGCAGGUUGAGUGGAAUCCAGAUGAAACAAAGGAAUGCAUCUGCAGCACACCAGCUGGCUUUGCUCCUGUUGGACCUGGAUGCUUCCAAUGAAGCAUCUCGGAUCUUAUGUGCCGAUGCACUCUAUCAGAUGGAUCAAAUGAAUGAAGCUCAGAAGAUCCUUCUGGUAGCGCUCUCCAAAACUUCACAGAAAUCUGCUGUCCUAUCCAGGCUGGCUCUGCUUCAGUUGAAAAAAGGCUUUGUAUAUGAUUGCAACCAGCUAUUGAAGAAGAUCGCCCAAAGUGGAGAGACAUCCAGUUUCUUUGCUGUUGUGACCAUUUUAAAAGAUGACGACAAGACCUUAAUGCAGAGACACUGCCACUCAAGAGCGAUGACAAUCCUGAAGAAUAAGCAAGGCGUUGGCUACAUCAAAGAAGCCAUCGUCUACCUUUCCUUUGCCAUCUCUGCAGCUGGUGGUUUUGCGGUUGAUUCACUCCUCGCCCGAGCCCGCUGUUACGGACAACUUGGCCAAAAGAAAACGGCCAUAUUUGAUUUCAGCCUUGUCCUGAAAGAAAACCCUGCAAAUGCUCAGGCGCUUUGUGGGAGAGGGUUCAUUCAUUUGGCCCUGGACCAGGAAAAGGAAGCGGUGCGCGAUCUGACUGCAGCCAUCAAAGCCGACUCCAUUUUGGCCAUUAUGGAAAUCCUCUCCCUGAAGCUGGAAGCCCAGCUGCUGAUGCGCCAGUGGUUGCUUUCUCACUGCAGGGAGGCGCUGCUGGGAUUUGAGGCUCGCAAAAGGCCACCCUGCGGAGAGAUUCUGAAGGAUUGCGCCCUUGUGGCAGAAGCCCUUGUGAAAAUAAACAAGAAAGACACAAGAAAUCAUGCCCUCUACGUGGACCUUUUAACAGCUGAUGGGAGACACGAAGAAGCCCUGACUUACCUGGAGGAGACAUUUGGUGAGAACAGACCGGACGAUUCCAUCAGCUUUCGCUUUGGCUUGCUCCAGGCCAAGAAAGGAAACACGACCAGCGCAGCCCACAUUUUGGCAAGUUUAGCCACCAAGAACUCCGAAGAGCUGGGAUACAUUCUGAGCUUCUUAGACAUCAAGCAGAGAGAAAACCUUUCUCAGGUAGCAUCAAAAGAAGGGAAUGCUUUGGUGAAAAAGCAAUGCCAUGAAAAGGCUGUAGGCUACUAUUCCCUGGCUGUCUUGGCAAGCAACGGUAAUCCUCGGUACCUUCGCCAACGAGCUGCUUGCCUAUCCUACCUCAAAGACUACAAGAAAGCUUUGCAAGACAUGAACCACGUUGUCCAAAAUCAUGGUGCAAAUGCCCCAAGGACACAGGUAAAAGACUGUUGCUUCCUGGGACGGAUACUAUUGUGCAUUUCGGAGGAGGAACUGGCAGUUAAGCAGUACAUCAGAGCCUUUGAACUGGAGGAGACGUUGACUCUGGCCAACAUCUCGACUGGUCCUGAUAGAGAGAUGCUGUCCAAAGCGUUCCUUGACACUGCAGCGUCCUGCUUUGCAAUGAGCCACUACGAGGAAGCCUGGAAGACCGCCGAGUAUGGCCUGAUGGUCGACCCAAAUAACCACGAACUUAAGAAACUUAAAACAAAGAUUAAGCGGGAGGCAUGUGGCUGCAGGGUUCAAUAAUUCGUUAUGCUUAGUGCCGCAAACCUCUCCCCUUUUCGUUUUGCUUAUUGACGACAAAUAAAUUAUUUAUUUAUCGU